AUGUCAUUUGAACCAAGAAAUCCUCUAUUUCCGCCAAAUCAAAUAGAUUGGUUUUAUUAUUUGGAUUUUUCGAAUUCUUUGUGGUUAUCUCAACUGGAAAAUGAAUCUAAUAAUUUGUUAACUUUAAAUUUGGACUCUUUAAUACAUGAGGAUGCUUCUCAAGGAAACAAACGCACUUACGAAACUUUUUCAGUUCCGAUGUCAUCGAGUGUCGUCGUUCGUCAUGAAGAAUACAUUAUUUUAUGGUCUUUCUUCCUCCUUGAGAACCUCGGGGUUAGUCUUUGUCCUGAAACCCCUGAUAACGACAGGCUAGUUGUGCGUCGCGGUCAACGAUGCAACAUCAUGGAGGUUGAUUCUCCUGUCAACCUCGUUUCGUCAGAUGAUUUUGUUGAGAC